ACUCAAAAAUUGCAUUCUCUGUUUUCUUGCUUUGUCUUGUCUGAGAUGUAUUUUUUUGUUUUGCUUGCCUAGACAACUAAAGUGGGGUAACUUGGACGAAAGUAAGAAUUUUGUGAUGAGGGCAUCUAGUACUCUUCACGGGAGUAAAUUGUGUGCGCGCGCGUGUGUCCAUGCCCGCGUACUUUUUUCCCGUGCGCCAGCCUGUGUGUGCAUGUGCGUGCGCAAGUGGCUCGCGAGCCGCAAGUUGGUCACUAUGAUCCACCAGCGCAACAGAGCCGGGGGAGUAGAAUUCCAUAUUUGAGCAGUGGAUUUAAGGAACUGCACUCCUCGAUAAUAAUAUUUGAAUUUGGACAUACGAACCUUAGCAGAGCACCGAAUACACGCAUUUACGUCAAUCAAAGCCGAAACGCAGGACAACCAUCCGCAUCAGGUUAUCAGCUCGACAGGCGAGAGACAUUAUUUUGCUGGAAAACGAUUGCAUUUUGCCUUAAAUAACACGCUAUUAAGUACGGCGCCUUGUCUCUUGGCAACGGGAGAGAACAGCAGCGGCUCGUAAUGACUACCCUGAAACGACUGAAAUUUGGAGGGGAGACAAAGGAAAGCGUAACGUUGCUGCCAUGUUUUUAUUUUGUUGAGCUACCUAUUCUAGCCUUAUCGGUCAUCAGUCUCUAUUUCCUGGAGGUAACAGAUAUUUUCCAGCCAGUGCAUUCUGGGUACAGCUGUAAUGACAAAAGUCUUUCUCUACCCUACAUCAUACCCCAAAAAGAAGUUUGUCCUCUGCCUUUACUCUACAGCUUGGCUUUUGCCAUUCCCACUGCUACGAUCCUUAUAGGAGAGGCUAUUCUAUUCUGCUAUCUAUCGAGGAAGUCCUCCACUCUGCAGACGGAGGCAAACAUCAGUGCCGCAGGGUGUAAUUUCAACUCCUACAUUCGCAGAGUUGUUCGCUUCAUUGGUGUCCAUAUCUUCGGCCUGUGUGUGACAGCUGUGAUAACUCACGUUUUUCAGCUCUCCACUGGACAGCACACACCUUACUGGCUGGAUGUGUGCAAACCCAAUUUAACUCACAUUAAUAUAUCAACUUGUGAUGAAGCUUUUAUCUUGGAGGAUAUUUGCUCGGGACAAGACAUUCUAAUCAUUGCUGGGAGGAAGUCUUUCCCCUCCCAACAUGCCUCUUUGGCUGGCUUUGCAGCUGUCUAUGUCUCCAUGUAUUUGAAUGCAGUGCUGACAGAUUCCACAAAGCUGCUGAAGCCUCUCUUGGUGUUUUCUUUCAUCAUGUUGGCCAUCCUAGCCGGAUUGACAAGGGUCAUACAGUUCCGAAACCACCCUGCUGAUGUCUACUGUGGAUGGAUCCUUGGGCUAGCUGUUGCUACCUACCUGGGAAUUUUUGCAGCGGGAACUUUCCGGCCCAGUGAAGAUAAAUUGAAAAAGCAACCGCUUCUCUUCACAUUAAGGAAGCAUCUCCCUUCUUCUUUCCAUAGCGUCUGCCAAUCAGAUGCCACCAACAACCACCAAGUGGGCCACCACAUGUUGACAGCCAGCCAACCAGAGCAGGUCAACAUCAGGACCCCUUACCACACCUUGUCCCCUAAGCAAAGUGAACAAAUUCUCAAACGAAGCUCUUCCUACCGGGAGCCUUCUCAAUCCAAUGUGAAGAUUGCCAGUGGUAAUUUGGAGAUGCUCGUUCCGCCUAGUCCAAUGACCAAUUGUGACAAAACCUUCAACAGCAGCACUCUGCCAAGGUCUCAUGGUGGCUCAUCAUUGGAGGGAGGUCGCAUUCCAAGGCGUCAAGCCUCCGUCCAUACCUCAAUGGAUUCCGCUCGAUCCAAGCAACUCCUCAGCCAGUGGAAGAAUAAAAACGACAAGAGGAAGCUGUCUCUGCAGGUUAUGGAUGGCAUCAAACCAACUUCCUUAUCUCCUCAAAAGGAUGUGCAGCGACACUACCCCACUGAAUCAUCUUGCGCAGGUUUGGAUACAGACGUCCAGAGUGGAGCCCACUUUUCUUCAGCGACUGGCCAAGAAGCUGGAGCCCACAUCCCAGCCUCAUAUAUAAAAAUAGCUGCAAGCUGUGUUUCCAUAGCCAAUAAAAAUCCCCUGACCCAGAAUGGAGGAAGUGGCUUUGCUGGUGGAUCAAGAAUGGUUGUUCAAUCACGUCCUGGAUCUUCUCAACUAGUUCACAUUCCUGAAGAGGAAAAUUCUACCAGCAAGGAUCAGGAGAGUGAAUCGGAAGACAGCACUUUUGAUGUGGUUGGAUCUGCUAAACAGAAAUGGAUGAGAGUUGCAGAGAAGCCCACUAUCCCCUGCAGACCCCUCAGUGCAGGUGGUCAGCCUCGACUCAUGCAGGUAAUCUCUUUUUCAAAACAGCAAGGUUUGCGCAACUCUCGAUCAGAGGACGGUGGUAGCACUGUCAGCUGCACUGGAUCCAUUCGGUAUAGAACCCUGAUGGACCAGGACCCAUCACCACCAGCCUCCACUACUGGUGCAAUUGAAGGCCAAGGUUUAGAACGAACCGGCAGUAUAGUCCGUGUUGAAGCCCAUCCAAAGUCAAAUGAGCCUGUGAUGAAACCUCUGACCAAUGAUGGAAGUGGCUCUUGGCGUUGGAAUCCAUCAGAAAUGUGCCAAUCACUACAACAGCCAGCUUUUAACAUCAGUGAUUUGCACAGAAAUACAGAAAACUGUGAUUCCAUGCAGGAUGCUGGGUCUUUGGAUGGGCGACAGGGUGUAACAGGGAGCAGAUUGGAAAGCAAAGUUGUUCAAGAAGGUGUACACACCAAUCACCCACACAUAAUAUAUCAGUCACAUUCUGCUUUUCAGGAUACCAACACAAGCAAUCUUCACACUCCCAGUGCCGUAUUUGCUCCUCCUUUCCAUCAUCACCCUCAAUCUAUCACCACCAUCAGAGUCACCCCUGUGGAAGGGACCGUUGCAAGUAGUGAGUGCAGCUCAGACAGCCAAUCAGCUGCAUCUUCCAGCCGGGAGUCCACCUUGAGGAGAAAAAGUGGCACGCAUAUUCACUUUAGCCAAGAUUCAAGCCUUAUGACGGAUCACAUCAUCUGUGAUAAAAGCAACCUCUUCCAAAACGAACGCGGCAAUCUUUUUCAAGGAAAUUUGGAAGGUUUUCAAGAUAACCCCAUUCAUACUAACAGGCAUCUGGAAGGAAUGUUUGGCCAUCCAGGCCCACGCCCGCCACCUACUUUACCCCGUCCCCUUAUGAUUCACUCCCCACCUCCAAAUCUAGGGAUGGCCUUUAAGGAAGCUUAAUGUGAAGUACAUCGGUGUAUAUUUUGGCCAUUUGACAACCUGACUGGGCUGUACCCUUCAGCCAUUUUAUCUAUCGUUUAUCUAUUUAUAAAUUAUCAUUUUAAAAAUCCUUUUACUUCCCUUGUGAUAUGAGCAUUUUACUUUCAACAUCACGUCUCGGUCGACUGGACAUAUGGAAAAAGCAAACACAAAAUUUGGACUGCUUAAACUGUUGAACAUUUAAAAUUCCACUGCUAUUACUAUUUCUGUAUUAUUAUAUUCUCACCAACUGAUUUGAUUCACCUCUACGACUCUGUGGGUCACUGAUGAAUCAGAAGAAACAGAAGACAAUAAUCUCAUUCUCCAAACUUUGCUUCAUUAUUGUACAAAUUGUGUAGACCGAUGUAGAAUAAGUGGGUAAAAGAUUCAAAUAAAGUAGUAGUAAUUUUUUUAACAAACAUUCUAAAUACAACAUACUACAUAUGUAUAUCCUGUUUUAUCAAGUCAUAUUCUUUUAUAUUGUAACAAUCUCAAGAGACUGUAGAACUGUAAAAUAGAAUUCCAUCAAUAGUCAAUUGAAUUUACUCCCUAACAACCAGUUUUUAUUUUAUGAAUUUACAUUCUGCUGUCUUUGCAAUUUUCAACUCAAAAAAACAGAAACAAACACAGCUGUACAAUAAUAGUUAUGGAUUCUGAAUCAUUUUUAACAAAGCCCUGCACACACACACACACACGCACGCACACACGCAUUCGCACACACACACAUACACACGUAUGUACAGAGACAUACUGUAUCCAGAAUGUAGGAAUACCCUGUAAAAAUGCAGUCCAGAGGAAGUUUGUAAUAAUAAAGCUAUAUAAUGUAAAAUACAAGACAUGUAGAAUACUAAAAUGUUUUGAAGAAUACUAUUAAACUAUAUAAUAAAGUGUAUAUUUAUAUAGCUUCAACAAAAUGAUUGAUAUACUUUGUAGAAUUUUUAAUAAACAAAAAUACACUGCACACUGCAAACUAAUAAUUUAUCACGCUGUCAAUAAAAUUGUAUAAUAAAAUUGUAUACAAGGUACUGUGCUGGCUGCUGCUCACGUCUUUGACAGGGCGCCGCAGAUAUACGAUGCCAUCGAUUCACAAAAACAAGCAGUCUCCUUCCCAAAUGCUUUUUCCAAAACCGUCAGUGAUACCGUAAAUAAACAAUAAGCUCGUUCAACUCUUUUACUCGCCUUUUGAUGUCGGAUGCUACUUUUAGCAGUGUGUGGUAAAAUUACUUCUGAGCCUUUUUUUGGAGUCAUUACUUUUAUGUCUAGAUCUACAAAAUAAGUGCCAUCAUUGGAGGAACAUUUUGCACUUCUUUGACGUGGCCUCAACACUGUAAAAACAUAUUUCUUAAAACUUUUAAAAUACUUUACAAAUAUUAAUAUCUUGUAGUUGCUGCCGGUUAUGUUGCUGUUAUCUCAUACUAAUGAAAUGUCAUUUUUUGCCCACUAAUUUUUGACUUGUGACUCUAAAUGGCGUGGGUGAAAUACCGUAAUUUUCUGUUGCUUAUAAGUGUAUCAGCAAACAUAUUAAGCCUGUAGGGUGUAUCAUAAAAAAAAACAUAUUCCCACUUUAAAUCAUUUCUUUUUUUCAUUUAUUAAUGAUCAAAAAUGUGAUGUGGCUAUGCGGUCAUGUAUUUUCUGAUUGCGCUUUUGACGGCAACCAUUCUGUGAAACUUCAUACGUUUAGAUAUAGAACUGUAGAAUUUGAUUAUGAACAACAGCUUAAUUUUGUGGUGCAGUUGUGAACUAGAAAUGUAAAACUUUCUAUGUAUACGAGACAAUUUGUGUAGAUGACAAAGAGCUUUGAAAUGUAUUUAUUUUUUAUGUUUUUGUACUCAAGCUGUAGGACAAUGAGCAAGUGUUAAAAAGCAUACAUACGUGAGACAUUGUGAGGAGCUGACAAUGUGCUUGGAUGUUUCGAGGGUAUGGCAUGGCUAAAAUGAUGCUUAAUUUUGAAACAAUACAACUGUUUGACUUCAAAUCAUUCAGCUUUAUGAUCAUUUUAAGUGUUGCCUGAAUAACCUUUGUGCAUACAUAUCUAUAGAUACACUUGCAAUAGCUUUUACUAUGAUUACCAUAUCAUCAAAUAUUAAAUAUCAUAGUGUAUAUAAAUUUUGCAAGAUGUGCACACACAAGUAA